GAGGAAGGGGUGGGAAGGGGGCGGUGGCGGUGUCACGCCUCUUCGCUCGGUUCAGCUGCUGCCGCUAUCAGGGGGGCUGUGAGGGAAGCCGGGGCCCGUGCUGCCGCCAGGAUGAAGCGCCGGGUGUUCGUGGUCGGCGUUGGCAUGACCAAGUUUGUAAAGCCUAGUGAGAAGAGCCCUGAUUACCCUGACCUGGCUAAGGAGGCAGGCCAGAAGGCUUUAGCUGAUGCUGGGAUUCCCUAUUCAGCAGUGAAGCAGGCAUGUGUGGGUUAUGUUUAUGGUGACUCAACCUGUGGACAACGGGCCAUCUACCACGCUUUGGGUUUAACUGGCAUUCCUAUCAUUAAUGUUAACAACAACUGUGCCACUGGAUCUACUGCCUUGUUCAUGGCCAGACAACUGGUAGAGGGAGGUUUGGCAGAUUGUGUUCUGGCACUUGGCUUUGAGAAAAUGGGAAAAGGAUCCAUUCCUGCAGGUUUUAUGGACAGAACUAAUCCUCUGGACAAACACUUGGAAAUCAUGAUAGAUAAAUAUGGCUUAGCAAGUGCUCCAGUAGCACCUCAGAUGUUUGCAAGUGCUGGCAAAGAACAUAUGGAGAAAUACGGGACAAAUCCAGAAUACUUCGCAAAAAUUGCAUGGAAGAAUCACAGUCAUUCAACCAACAACCCGUAUUCCCAGUUCCAAGAGGAGUAUACGUUAGAUGAAGUUCUGAAUUCUCGCAAAAUUUUUGAUUACUUGACUGUCUUGCAGUGUUGUCCAACAACAAAUGGUGCUGCAGCUGCAAUUCUGGCUAAUGAGGAGUUUGUGAAAGAGCAUCAUUUACAGUCUCAAGCUGUGGAAAUUCUAGCCCAGGUGAUGGCUACUGAUUAUCCAAGCACAUUUGAAGAGAAAAGUUGUUUGAAGGUGGUUGGUUAUGAUAUGACUAAAAGAGCUGCAGAAAAAUGUUUUGAACAAGCAGGUCUACAACCUGCUGAUGUUGAUGUGAUUGAACUCCAUGACUGUUUCUCAGUUAAUGAGUUCAUUACCUAUGAAGCUCUUGGACUCUGUCCAGAAGGAAAAGCAUGUGAACUGAUUGACCGAGGAGACAAUACUUAUGGAGGAAAAUGGGUUGUGAAUCCUAGUGGUGGCUUGAUUUCAAAGGGACAUCCACUUGGUGCUACAGGCCUGGCGCAGUGCGCCGAACUCUGCUGGCAGCUGCGCGGCCUGGCCGGCGGGAGGCAGGUGCCGGGGGCGAAGGUGGCGCUGCAGCACAACCUGGGCCUGGGCGGCGCGGCGGUGGUGACGCUGUACGGCAUGGGCUUCCCCCCGGCCCGCAGCACUGGUCGUGUUGCAGCUGUGCCUCUAAGUGCAGCUGUUGAUGGAUUUAAGUCACAUUUGGUCUUCAAAGAGAUUGAAAAGAAGCUCGAAGAGGAAGGAGAGCAAUUUGUCAAGAAAAUCGGUGGUGUCUUUGCCUUCAAAAUAAAAGAUGGCCCUGGUGGGAAAGAAGCAACUUGGGUAGUAGACGUGAAAAAUGGAAAAGGCUCUGUGGCAAUUAAUUCAGAUAAGAAGGCAGAUUGUACAAUUACAAUGGCUGAUGCUGAUCUGUUAGCUCUGAUGACUGGCAAAAUGAAUCCUCAGACAGCUUUCUUUCAAGGUAAAUUGAAGGUUUCUGGGAACAUGGGCAUGGCGAUGAAACUUCAGAACCUACAACUUCAGCCAGGCAAAGCUAAACUUUGAGCUUGCUAAAGUAAACAGUCAGUACUUGAUACUCUUGACAACAGAUUAGAAUGAAACUAGACAUUGACAAUAUGGCAAAGGCUGGGCUUGAUUGGACCUCUCUCACCUAAAUUCUUUGGUUAGAGACCUUAAUUCUCUUAAUCAAUUCCGUCAGUUUGUAUAUGGCAAAGAUUUUUAGACUAAGCUUGAGGCACUAACUCUUGCAAAUGGUAUAUGGUGGGUAUCAUGGAAACAACAUUUUUGUUUUAAUCUGUAAAAAAAAUAAAUUAUAAAACUUAGAGUUGAAUGGGGCUGCUUAUUAUUGUUCAGGUUAGUUGGGAAGAGAGUGAGGAAGGUUACAGAUAGUUUGACAAAUCAAUUAAAGUUGCAUUUUUAAAAGACUAAUAGCAGGUCAUGCAAAUGCUUUCAGACUCACAUUCUAACAAAUUUGCUGCUGCUUAAAUUAAAAUGGUCUUAUAAAGGGGAUCUCCAACAACAUUUUUUUUAGAAUAGGCUUUAUGAAUUUGCUAUAAAAUACUUUUCUUAUUAUGACUUUGGAAUUAAAACAAAACUACCCAAAAUUAGGUAGCAACUAAAAUGUUGCUUUGAGAUUUGUAGCAUUUGAUUAUACUUAGCCCUGAGUAAAGAUAUGGUUUGCUAGGAGAGCAGAGAGGGAAUGUAACCAAUAUUUACCUGUUUUCUCCUGAGAAAAUCUGGUGUUGAUCAUUAUGAAUUUCUUAUCAGUAAUGUAAAAGCUUUAACUUUUGUUUUGGGAAAAUGUAUUCUGGUUGGAAGUUUAAUAGAAAAUUAAAUAUACUUUUCCUGUU